AGCCAGGUGGUAGUUCAGAUUGCGUUCACGUUUGGCUCAGGCAUCAUUCCCACUGACAACGUGAGUGGGUUAGGAAAUACGCUACGGUUUCCUCGAGGAUAUUUGAGGUCAAGUCAUACUCCCGGAAAUACACUGGACCCACUAACUAACAGUAUAUAUACCAUAGCCAGAGCCAUCUACAGUGCUGAACACUGACGGAAGGAAACAUCUGCUAGCUUGUCACCAUGGCCCAGAUCUGCUGCAUCUACAACAAUGUGAAUGUGUGCGUGUAUAUAUUAGUGAUUCUGUUUGGAAUGGCCUCAUGGAUUGACAUAAACGGCCUGUGGGUGGAACUUCCGAUCCUUGUCCAGAAACUGCCGGAAGGAUGGGAUCUUCCUUCCUAUAUGGUCAUUAUAGUCCAGCUGGCCAAUAUAGGACCGCUCACCUACACGUUGGCAAAGUUAAAAUGGACACGCAAACUGAACGAAGUCCCUGUUAUUUAUUUAAUUAUCGGUAUAGGAGGGAUUUCAUGCUUGCUGUUGGCAUUCUUGUGGGACACGACGUCCUAUAUCGCAGGGGCCAUGCACAGUACCGCUCUCCUCAUCCUCAACUUCUUCCUUGCCAUUGUGGACUGUACAUCUUCAGUAGUGUUCCUGCCGUACAUGGCUCAUUUCAAGCCAGAAUAUAUCCCUGCUUUCUUCAUUGGGGAAGGAUUUAGUGGCCUCCUGCCGGGCCUUGUAGCACUUGGUCAAGGUGCCGGGCAGACAUCAUGUGUGAAUCAAACAGUGUACCAAAAUGUCACCAUCAAUGGAACAUCCAUAAACGAAACUUCAUUUGAAAUCAUUACCCAGUAUCAAACGCCAAAAUUUUCGAUCGAAGUAUUCUUCUUCCUGCUGUUUGGAAUGUUGGUUGCUUGUGGAGCUGCCUUUACCAUGUUGCAUUACUGUGAGUUUGCAAAGCUAGAGCAGCUCAAGACGACGAAGGAUGAAGCUGAUGAGUCAACUGAAAUCACAGCUCAGACAGACCUCACGUCCAGCUAUGAACUCAGUGGUUCUACAGCUAAUCCUGUAGCUGACAACUUCCUUGACGCAGCUGACAACAUUAAUUCCAGGACACAAUUACUUACGGCGAAGAAACGGGCAGAAAUUGCUAUAGAGAAAGACAUAUCGCUGGAGGCCACCCGUCACCAGACAUGCAUGACAAAGACAAACUUCUUCUCCUUCCUAUUUAUCACAGCAUGGGUGAAUGGACUUGCAAAUGGGGUGUUGCCAUCUAUACAGUCAUACUCCGCCUUACCAUUUGGCAAUACUGUGUACCACCUGUCCGUCACACUAAGUAGCAUUGCCAAUCCCCUGUCUUGCCUUUUUGCCUUCUUCCUUCCCAUGUCCUCUAACAUUGCUAUCAUGGUACUGACUCUGCUGGGGACUGGCUUUGCUGGGUACUGCAUCGGUCUUGCUGCGAUGAGCCCUGACCCGCUGCUUGUUGGACAUCUAUUUGGAAAUAUUCUUGUGGUUGCAGCAUGGUUUCUUGUCACUUUCGUGUUGACCUACACCAAGGUGAGCAUUGCAUCACUUCUGCGUGUUGAGGGGAAACGUGUGCUGCUGUGGUGUGGAGCGAUGACGCAGGUCGGGUCAGCUGUUGGGGCUCUAUCCAUGUUCCUCCUUGUCAACGUGUUCAAAAUAUUCAAACAAGGCUCGCCCUGUCGUUAGCCAGGGACCUGUUUUGGGGACAUAUCACUAUAGUAACAAAUUCAUCAUAUCAUGUGCAGGCAGUCUUUUGGGGGGGCCAUCCAUUUUAUAAUGCAAGGAAUGGGACUUCAUGUUCUUUUUUCUAAGGUUAGGUCAUAUAUGUACUAAUUAAUAUACACUACAUAUUUUCAAUGAAGUUAUAUAGGUGUUAUAAUCAGUGUCUUUUUUUCAAUUUUGCACAUGUAUUUUAGCAUUACACAUUCCAGUAAAUCCCUUUUAGAUUUAGAUGGGUUGUUUUUCAGAACAAUUCCAGUAGUUACAGAAAUGACAAUGAGCUUUACAUUUCAGAACAAACAAUUAGCCCUUCAAGUGAUUAUUUAUUAAAAAAAUCAAAACAGA